UUUAAAAUUUGGGGAUUUUUCAAUUUAGGGUUUUGUUUUGGGUUUCUUUCAGGGAAGGUUCUUGAGGGUGAUCAGGGUUAGGGUUUCCCAUUGGAGUAAAGUGAAGUAAAACGUCACACAAGAUGCAGAAGACACCGCAAAUGGUUCCCUCGAUGCCUUCGUUUCCGACCAAUAAUAUCACCACCGAGCAAAUUCAGAAGCACCUUGAUGAGAACAAGAAGUUGAUUUUGGCAAUUUUGGACAAUCAGAAUCUUGGAAAACUUGCUGAAUGUGCCCAGUAUCAAGCUCAGUUGCAAAAGAAUUUAAUGUACUUAGCUGCAAUUGCGGAUGCUCAACCGCAAACAACGCCAACAAUGCCGCCUCAGAUGGCACCUCAUCCUGCAAUGCAGCCAGGAGGAUAUUUUAUGCAACAUCCUCAGGCUGCAGCAAUGGUGCAGCAACCUGGUAUUUACCCCCCAAAAGUGCCAUUGCAAUUCAAUAGCCCACAUCAGAAUCAGGAUCCACAACAGCAUCAACAAGCGAUGCAAGGUCAAAUGGGAAUCAGACCUGGAGGGCCCAAUAAUGGCAUUCACCCCAUGUAUGCCAAGGCUACUCUAGGAAGUGGCAGCAGUGGUGGUGCCCCCCCAACUUCGUGCCAAAAUGAUGGACGUGGUGGAAACAAGCAAGAAGGCUCUGAAGUUGGUGCUGACCGCUGAUGGACAGGGCAGCACAGCUGGUGGGCAUGUAGCAGAGGAGGCAAAGUGACUGCCCGAAUCAGUUGUUUUGAUUGGAUGCUGGUGAAUGUGUAUAGUAGAUAGCUCUAGUGAUCUCAGUCGAACGGUUUUAGAAUCUUCUCGUUGCUCUUCAACUGUCUGUUUGUUAGUUUGUUUGAGGUUCGUGGCAUGCCAAAUUAUAAAGAGCAAGGGGUAAGAUGAUGGAAAAGCUUGCCUGUAUCUGUAUUGUGAUCCAACUGAAAUUUCCCGUGGUGGUGUAAAAACCUCUGUAUAAUAUUAUAAGAUAGAAGAGGGGAAACAAUCAAACAAAUUUUAUUGUAAGAGGGAAAUGAAAACACCUAUGAAUCUC